GCAGCAACCUUAGCGAACCGCGUACUGCUGCAGCCCCAUUCCAAAAGAUAUCUUCUUUUUUCUGUUUUUCUUUCUUCUUCUCCCUUUCCUUUUUCCCCUCCACUUGAACAACUCCACCACCUCUCAAUAAUUUCGCAAAGCUAACAAAAUUUCAGAUAAUUCCACACAAAAAAUCUCCUCUCUCUCUCUUUUUUUUUUCUUUCUUUUUAAAGUUGUUCGGACGAAAAGAAAAACAGAAAAUUUUUAUUUCAAGACACUGAAUACCAGGUAAAUUGAAAUUCUGUACCACAUGGCUAGUUCAUCCGAGAGCUGGAUUGAUGGCCUUUCAUUCUCUUCAUUGUUCUGGCCUCCUCCACAAGAACCUCAACAACGGAAGGCUCAAAUUACUGCAUAUGUUGAGUACUUUGGCCAGUUCACAUCAGAGCAAUUCCCUGAUGAUAUUGCUGAGCUCAUUCGCAGAAGCUAUCCAUCAAAUGAAAAGCGCCUCUUUGAUGAUGUUCUGGCUACAUUUGUCCUUCAUCAUCCAGAGCAUGGCCAUGCUGUUCUUCUUCCGAUUAUUUCAUGUAUCAUUGAUGGAACAAUGGUGUAUGAUAAGAUUAGCCCUCCAUUUGCUUCAUUCAUUUCGUUAGUCUGCCCUAGUAGUGAGAAUGAGUAUUCUGAGCAGUGGGCUCUGGCUUGUGGGGAGAUCUUGCGAAUUUUGACUCAUUACAACCGUCCAAUAUAUAAGAUGGAAUAUCCAAAUAGUGAAACAGAUAGAACCGCUAGUAGCAGUAAUGUUGGGACAAAUUCUGAAGAUGGGGAAUCAUCCUGCCAAAUACCUUUGAUGCAACAAGAGAGGAAGCCUUGGAGGCCCUUAUCUCCUUGGGUUACUGAUAUAUUGCUUGCCGCACCUUUGGGUAUCAGAAGUGACUACUUUCGCUGGUGCAGUGGUGUUAUGGGUAAAUAUGCAGCUGGGGACCUCAAGCCACCUGCAUCUGCUUAUUCUCGUGGAUCUGGAAAGCAUCCUCAACUCAUGCCAUCAACUCCAAGGUGGGCUGUUGCUAAUGGUGCUGGUGUUAUUUUAAGUGUGUGUGAUGAUGAAGUUGCUCGCUAUGAGACACCUACUUUGACGGCUGCAGCAGUACCUGCACUUCUACUUCCUCCCCCAACAACAGCUCUGGAUGAGCAUUUAGUUGCAGGACUACCAGCUCUUGAGCCAUAUGCACGUUUAUUUCAUCGAUAUUAUGCCAUUGCAACACCAAGUGCCACACAAAGACUUCUUCUUGGGCUUCUAGAAGCACCACCAUCAUGGGCCCCAGAUGCUCUUGAUGCAGCAGUUCAGCUUGUGGAACUCCUUCGCGCCGCUGAAGAUUAUGCAUCUGGUAUAAGGCUUCCUCGGAACUGGAUGCAGUUGCAUUUUUUGCGUGCAAUUGGGACAGCAAUGUCUAUGAGAGUAGGAAUAGCUGCUGAUGCUGCUGCAGCAUUACUUUUUCGCAUACUGUCGCAGCCUGCAUUGCUUUUUCCUCCAUUGAGACAGGUUGAGGGAGUGGAAAUUCAGCUUGAACCUUCAGGUUGUUAUGAUUCAUUUUACAAGAAGCAGAUAGAAGUGCCUGCUGCUGAAGCCACCAUUGAAGCUACUGCCCAAGGAAUUGCAUCUAUGCUUUGUGCCCAUGGGCCUGAGGUGGAAUGGAGAAUUUGUACCAUAUGGGAAGCCGCUUAUGGACUAAUUCCCUUAAGCUCCUCAGCAGUUGAUCUUCCCGAAAUCAUUGUUGCGACCCCAUUGCAACCUCCCAUACUAUCAUGGAAUCUGUACAUACCUCUCCUGAAGGUCCUGGAAUACCUUCCACGAGGAAGCCCAUCUGAAGCUUGUCUCAUGAAGAUAUUUGUAGCUACUGUUGAAGCAAUUCUCCAGAGAACUUUUCCACCUGAGUCCUCAGAGGAGCUGAUGAGGAAAGCAAGAUAUGGAAUGGGUUCUGCCUCUAAGAACCUUGCUGUUGCAGAGCUACGUACAAUGGUUCAUUCACUCUUUCUGGAAUCUUCUGCCUCUAUCGAGCUUGCUUCACGCCUACUUUUUGUUGUCUUAACUGUGUGUGUUAGCCAUGAAGCUCAGUCCAAUGGGAGUAAAAGACCGAUAGUUGAAGAAAGUUAUCCUCCUGAUGAAAGCAUUGAAGAGUCCCAGAUGCCACCUGAAAGGCAUAAAGAAUCAAAGACUAGAAAGAGGAAAAGACAAGGACCUAUAGCUGCAUUUGAUUCUUAUGUUCUGGCUGCUGUUUGUGCUCUUGCAUGUGAGCUUCAGUUGUUCCCUAUGGUCUCAAGGGGGAUUAAUCAUUCAAGGGGGAUUAAUCAUUCAACCACCAAAGAUGGUCGAGCUUUAGCCAAGCCUGCAAAAAUAAAUGGAUCUUGUAAUGACUUUGGACAUAGUGUUGACUCGGCUAUUCAUCAUACUCAUAGAAUCUUAGCUAUUUUGGAGGCAGUUUUUUCUCUGAAGCCAUCUUCUGUUGGUACCUCAUGGAGUUACAGUUCAAAUGAAAUAGUUGCUGCAGCUAUGGUUGCUGCUCAUGUUUCAGAACUAUUUAGACAGUCUAAGGCUUGCAUGCAUGCUCUCUCUGUCUUAAUGAGAUGCAAAUGGGACAAUGAAAUUUACAAGAGGGCAUCAUCACUAUAUAAUCUCAUUGAUAUUCACAGCAAGGCUGUUGCAUCCAUAGUUGACAAAGCUGAACCAUUAGAAGCAUGCUUAAUGCAUGCACCUGUUUGGAAAGAUUCCCCUUCCUGUUUAGAUGCCCAAAAACAGAACAAAUGUGCAAGUACCUCUUGCUUUGAUCCAGGACAGCCAUCUACUUCAGAAUGUGCAGAAUCAUCCCAUUCAGAAAAUAAUCUCAGAUGUGAGAGAGCAUUCCAUUCUAAUGAUGGUUCUGGAAAUGGCAUUAGUAAUGGUAUUGCAAGUUUCCCGUCGGAUGCUUCAGAUUUAGCCAAUUUUCUCACCAUGGACAGGCAUUUAGGAUUUAAUUGCAGUGCACAAGUUCUUCUAAGAUCAGUUCUUGCAGAGAAACAAGAAUUAUGUUUCUCUGUUGUUUCACUAUUAUGGCACAAGCUGAUUGCAGCUCCUGAAACACAACCCAGUGCGGAAAGCACAUCUGCCCAGCAAGGAUGGAGACAGGUGGUUGAUGCCCUAUGCAAUGUUGUAUCAGCAACACCAACAAAAGCAGCUACAGCAAUUAUUCUUCAGGCGGAGAGGGAAUUGCAGCCAUGGAUUGCAAAAGAUAACGAGCAAGGUCAGAAGAUGUGGAGAAUCAACCAGCGUAUUGUAAAAUUGAUUGUGGAGCUAAUGAGAAAUCAUGAUAGCCCAGAAUCAUUGGUAAUUGUGGCAAGUGCAUCAGAUCUACUCCUACGUGCAACGGAUGGGAUGCUUGUUUAUGGAGAAGUUUGUACUUUACCGCAGCUGGAGCUGCUGGAAGCAACAGCAAGAGCAGUUCAUACUGUGCUGGAGUGGGGAGAAUCUGGACUGGCUGUGGCAGAUGGCCUCUCAAACCUGCUCAAGUGUCGUCUACCAGCUACCAUCCAAUGUCUUUCUCAUCCUAGUGCCCAUGUUCGAGCUCUCAGCAUAUCAGUUCUUCGUGAUAUUUUGCACACAGGAUCAGUCAAAUCUAAAUCCAAAUCAGUGCAAAGAAACGGCAUCCAUGGUCCAUCCUAUGAUCAGUACUUGAGUGUAGAUGUCAUUGACUGGCAAGCCAACAUCGAGAAGUGUCUAACAUGGGAAGUUCAUAGCCUACUUGGAAGAGGAAUGCCAAUUAAAUUUCUUCACACAGCUGCCAAAGAAUUAGGCUGUACUAUUUCAAUGUAACAUCAAUUUAACUUCAGGAUUAUCAGUAUGGUUUUUCUUCUUCCCAAGACCUAUCAAUUUGCUUAGAGGAUGUGGCUUGGCUAAAAAGGUAUCUAUUCAUCAAAUGCCAUAGUAGUCAGUGUAUGGUAAAUAUUGUAAAACAGGGUUCAUGUGAGAUCAUAAUGUUGUGUUUGCUCUCAUUCCAUUUUCAAGUUGGCGCACCCACAAUCAUUUCUGAAUU